UUUUUUACUCUUUUUAAAAAGUUCUUACGAUUCUACGACAUUCUCCUUAAGAAUGGAAACAUCAACGACGCCAUCUUUAUUUUCAGCUCCUACGACCAACGUUACUCAUUUUUCUUCAGGAGACUCCCAAGAAGAAAGCAUGACAACUAAGAUCGUUCGAAUAGUUGGAUACUCGGUACUUUUCAUUUUUGGUGUGUUUGGCAACUCCAUGGUGAUCUUAGCCGUGCGUAAACCACACAUGAAAAAAGUCACGAAUGUUCUAAUCGCGAAUCUCGGACUGGCUGAUCUCUUGGUCGCAGUUUUUAACAUUCCAAGUGUUGUUACUUAUGCCCACUUGUGGCGAUGGCCUUUUGGUGAGGUGCUUUGUAAAGUAUUACCAUUCCUUCAGGGGCUGACGCUCUGCGCUUCGGUGGGAACUUUACUUGGGAUCGCUCUCGAUAGAUACUGGCACAUCGUUCAUUUUAAACGAAGAAAGAUAACAUUAAAAGAAGCCUACAAAUUGAUAGUAUUAAUCUGGGUGUCUUCAAUCAUCAUUCCAAUGCCGUUACUAAUAUUCUGUAAAAUAUUAAUAGUUGCUCAAAAUGGCACUGAGUACAUACUAUGCGAGGAGGUAUGGCCAAACCUUGCCUCUAGACAAGCCUACACUAUGAUUUUAUUUCUCGUGCUAUACUUGUUUCCGUUGAUGGCCAUCUCGAUUCUCUAUUUUGUUAUUGCGCAAUCACUAAGUCGGAUGCCGUCAAUCUCAAGCUCGCUAGAAGAGUCAAGGCACCGCGCACAACAGCGGGUCAUACGCAUGCUCAUCGUUGUCGUAAUCCUGUUCGCAUUUUGUUGGCUUCCGUAUCACGUGACCUUCAUCUACAUCGAUUACUUCAGCCCCAUUCGUACCCAGGCCCUUGUGACGUCGAUCCUGUUUUUUCAGUGGUUAGUAUUCGCAUCAAGCGCGUGUAAUCCUGUGGUUUAUGCCUUACUGAACCAAAACUACAGAAGAGAGUUCGUGAAAAUGCUAGCCUUCCGUAGACAGCCCUCGAUAAGACAAGGUCCCCCUCAUCAAGAAAGGGAUAAUGUUAAUCUUGUGGGGCAGUCGUCGAAGUCUACGACAAACAGCUAUUUUUUUGUAACGAGUGUGUGAAGACAGGGAUCCAAAUACUUGAUUAUUGACUUAGAGGAGAAUCGGAGUCCACAUCUGACAUAUUUAGUCCCAAAUCCCCAAAGUCCCUAAACAAUGGUACCAAGGUUGGACUUGACUUUAUUUUAUCCAACAUGAACUUGUAGCCAGUCGUGUAUCGUAUUCAAGGAAGGGUCACCUAUGCCGGACAGGUCGAUCCCACUGAAGUCCUCCAGGUUGGG